UUCCUCAAAUUGGUUAAUAAAUUGGCCUCUCAGCGACCACAAGAAAGUAGUGACUCAAGUUCCUGUCCUUCCCGUUUGAUAUCUUACUUUCGAUUGUACCUCAAAUGGAACCCUUGAACAGAGGAUACUAAGAAAAGCAAAAUUACACCGUUUUGUAGGCGCUUCCUCUUUCACAAACAAUCCAUUGAGAUGAGACAAAAUUAAUGUUGUAUGCCGUCAAAGCAGCACACACAAUUUUUCAUGGCUUUUUUUUUUUUUUCAAAAUUCCAUGGGGAGCAAGAUAGCGAGGAUAUAACCCAGACAUUCCGUCGAUCCAUAAUAACUGCAAAGUUACAAUUCCACUGUUCCUAAAUUUUACCUUAUUUACAAUCGACGGACAAAUCAACGCAAGCUGUGACGUAAAAGUUAGCUCCAUGUUCUGCUCAUCAGAUUGUAAACAUCACGCUAUGACAGCUACAACUGUUCGUUUUGAUCCAAAACCCGAAACAUGUCUCCAACUAUCGACUACGUUUUGCAAUAUUUGAGUAUAGCACUGCUAUACUUCAUAGGAUUCUCUGGAGGCACACACGUGCUGGGCAUCUUUACACUGUACCAACUAUUCUUUUAUACACCCUUAUGGCCGUUUGUACUUCUCUAUUUAUCAUGGACGUAUCUUGUUGAGUGGAAAACCCCUGAACGUGGCGGAAGAGACCUCCUGAUAAACUUUGCAAGAAGGCUCUCUGUUUUCCAGUACAUGAGGGAUUACUAUCCUAUUACCCUCGUCAAAACUAGCGACCUCGAUCCGCAGAAGAAUUAUAUUUUUGGAUAUCAUCCCCAUGGAGCUUUUUCCGAAGGAGCAUCGAUAGGAUUGAAUACAGAAGCAUGUGGAUUUAGUGAAAUAUUUCCUGGAAUCAUUCCGCAUCUUUCCGUGACCUCAGGUAUUCUCAAAGCCUUGUUAUACCGUGACAUUCUGAUGGCCCUGGGCGUAAUUGAUGUAUCACGUCACAGCUUGGAAUACAAUCUGACACAAAAGGGAAAGGGACACUCGGUUGUAAUCGUUGUGGGAGGAGCAGCGGAGAUUCAUGAAAUGGGCUUUGACAGCUACGAGCUGAUAAUGAAACGAAGGAAAGGAUUCAUCAAACUGGCUUUGCACACUGGGUCCGAUCUCGUCCCUGUCUUUGGGUUCGGACAAAAUAAUAUUUAUCAUGUCAUUGGCGGCAGUAGAUCCUCUCAAUUCUCACCACUUCAGCGUUGGCUCAGAUCUUUUACUUCUUGCAUGGGAACUUGUUUUCUUCCGAGACGAUCUCCAAUCAACGUUGUUGUGGGAUCAGCUGUUUCUGUGUCCAAGGUUGCCAACCCAACACAGGAAGAGAUAGACGAACUUCACGUGCAGUACCUAAAAGCACUUACCGAUCUGUACGAGAAAAAUAAGGACAAAUAUCACCCAACAGAGACUUCAGAGUUGUUGAUCAUCUAGCUAUAAAUGAAAG